AUGUGGAUCUCGCUGGUUCUCUUCGCUAGCUUUCUCGCAAGCACAGCUCUCCAAGAUGGAUCUCGACUACGAUCAAAUGCAACCCUAAAUCUCGCCAAACCCGCCACCCUGGACACGCGUGAUUUUUUUGGACUUGUCGACCGCGCAAGCAGCUAUUACACCUGUGCCAUCGGCAACGACUACUGCGCCGACCCGGGUGAUAUCUGCUGCACGGUGGGAACUUGUCCUAGUGGGUGGAACUGCUGCGGUAAUGCUGGUAUGUGCUCACCCAAAAAUGGCGAAUGCUGCAGCGAUGGGUCUUACUGCGACGCGGGAGAUCACUGUCGCAUAUGGCGGGGCCGAGAGGUCUGCUGUCCUACGUCUGGAUGUGUUGGGGAAAAUGAUAGUGGUGAUUUGGGAAACACGGUUACUGUUGCUGCGAGUAUGACUGAGACUGCUACGAUGUUUACGACGGUUGCACCUUCAUACACGCAUUCGUAUACUUAUUACGACUAUGAGUAUUACUACACCACGAUCUACUGGACUUAUUGGUUCUACUAUUGGACCUCUUACUCUCCAUACACUGUGAAGACAGUGACUUCUACUCAGACGACGACCACGACUAUCUGGUCUGCUUAUGAGACCAAUAGCGCCGAAGCAAGCUCUUCAUUUGCCGCCAAAUCCGAGAGUUAUACCUUUUCUGCACCAUACUAUGCGACUUCGCUUAAGGCAUCCACAGAUCCGGUCAAGCUGGCUUCCAAUGGUUUUUCUACUCCAACUUCGACUUCAUCUUCAGGCCAAGGAAGCAGUCUUACCGUCGGAGACUCCGCGACUGGCGUGUCCACAAAUAGUUUUGCGGUUGUAGCAGGUGCUGGCUUUGUGGCUUUAAUUGCGGCGUUAGCCUUUGGUUUGUGA